UUUGUGGCAUGGACCCUAAAGAGACUGGGAACGUCUGUUGGAGCUCGGAAGGGCGGGGACGAUAAACUUGAGUGCUCCUCUUUAGUUUCUUCAAUUGCAGGGAAGGCAGUGGUUCCUGUCUCAGGAAAACAAUCUCAGAAACAUGUGGAAUGAUAUUGAGCUGCUAACAAAUGAUGAUACAGGAAGUGGGUACCUAAGUGUUGGUUCAAGAAAAGAACAUGGAACUGCUUUAUAUCAAGUAGAUUUACUAGCGAAGAUCUCCUCCGAAAAGGCCUCAUUAAAUCCAAAACUACAAGCAUGCAGCUUAAGUGAUGGGUUUAUUAUUGUAGCAGACCAAUCAGUGAUACUGUUGGACAGUAUUUGUAGAUUGCUUCAAUUGCAUCUUAUAUUUGAUACUGAAGUGGAUGUGGUUGGCCUAUGUCAAGAAGGAAAGUUUCUUCUGGUUGGGGAGAGAAGUGGCAACUUACAUCUUAUUCAUGUAACAUCAAAGCAAACAUUACUCACCAAUGCUUUUGUUCAGAAAGCUAAUGAUGAAAAUCAGUGUACUUACCGGAAUCUUGUUAUUGAGAAAGAUAGUUCAAAUGAAGGUACCUAUUAUAUGCUGCUUCUUACAAACAAUGGAUUUUUUUGUAUUACAAACCUUCAGCUUGUAAAAAUUCAACAAGCGAUUGAAAGGGUAGACUUCCAUACGGCAAAAAAGUUACAAGGACAAAUCAAGUCCAGUUUUAUUUCUACUGAAAAUUGUCAUACCCUUGGUUGUCUCAAUCUUGUGGCUGGUGAUUUAGCAAGCGAAAUCCCUGUGAUAAUUGGGGGAACUGGUAAUUGUGCAUUCUCAAAAUGGGAACCAGAUUCUUCUAGGAAAGGGAUGACCGUUAAGAGUGUUAUUGAUGCAGAGAUUAUUGAAGGUGCAAAGAAGUUCCAGCUGAUAGACAAUCUACUUUUUGUUCUUGAUACCAGUAACGUGCUGAGCUUAUGGGAUAUUUACACCCUAACUCCCAUAUGGAACUGGCCCUCCCUUCACAUAGAAGACUUUCUUCUCACCACAGAAGCAGAUUCGCCUUCAUCAGUCACGUGGCAAGGGAUUACAAAUCUCAAGUUAGUAGCUCUGACAACUACUACUAAUAAGAAGAUGAGAAACCUCAUGGUCUAUUCAUUACCUAUGAUGGAAAUACUAUAUUCUUUGGAAGUAUCUAGUGUUUCUUCUCUGGUCCAAACAGGAAUUAGCACAGAUACCAUAUACCUUCUGGAAGGAAUUUGCAAAAAUGAUCCAAAACUAUCUGAAGACUCAGUCUCUGUUUUAGUACUUAGAUGUCUUACAGAAGCUUUGCCAGAAAACAGAUUGAGUCGGUUACUUCACAAACACAGAUUUGCUGAAGCCGAGAGCUUUGCCAUUCAGUUUGGACUAGAUGUUGAGCUUGUUUACAAAGUAAAAUCAAAUGAUAUAUUGGAGAAACUAGCUUUGAGUUCUCUGGACACCAGUGAGCAGACCGAAUGGCAAAAACUUGUAGAUGAAGCUAAGGAAAAUCUGCAUAAAAUCCAGGACGAUGAAUUUGUGGUGAAUUACUGCUUGGAGGCUCAAUGGAUAACCUAUGAAACGACCCAGGAAAUGCUGAAUUAUGCCAAAACCAGGCUUUUGAAGAAAGAAGAUAAAGCUGUUCCUAUCUAUUCUGAUGGCUUAAAAGAGGUACUAAGGGCUCAUGCAAAGUUGACUACUUUUUAUGGAGCAUUUGGACCAGAAAAAUUCAGGGGUAGUUCUUGGAUUGAAUUUCUGAAUAAUGAAGAUGACCUUAAGGAUAUUUUUUUACAGCUAAGAGAAGGAAACCUUGUUUGUGCACAGUACCUUUGGCUGAGACAUCGGGCAAACUUUGAAAGCAGAUUUGAUGUGAAAAUGCUUGAGAACUUGCUCAACUCAAUUUCUACACCAGUCUCUUUGCAAAAGCUUUGUCCAUGGCUUAAAAAUGAUGUGAUCCCAUUUGUGAGAAGGACUGUACCUGAAGGACAGAAAGUUCUUGCAAAAUGGUUGGAACAAGCAGCCAGGAACCUUGAACUAACUGAUAAGGCAAACUGGCCAGAAAAUGGGCUUCAACUGGCAGAGGUAUUUUUUACAGCAGAAAAACCAGAUGAGUUAGGAUUGGCGUCCUCUUGGCAUUGGAGUUCCUUGGAUCAUCAAAAGAUGGAGGAAGUUUGUCAGUUAAGGACUUUGGUAAAUAACCUGCGAGAGUUAAUCACACUGCAUAGGAAAUACAACUGCAAAUUGGCCCUCUCUGAUUUUGAGAAGGAGGACACAACCACCAUUGUAUUCCGAAUGUUUGAUAAAGUGCUGGCCCCCGAGCUUAUUCCUUCCGUCUUCGAGAAGUUUAUCAGAGUUUACAUGAGGGAACAUGACUUACAGGAGGAGGAACUUCUCCUUCUGUACAUAGAGGAUUUAUUGAAGAGAUGUAGCUCAAAGUUCACCUCACUCUUUGAUACAGCAUGGGAAGCAAAAGCUAUGGCAGUAAUAGGAUGUUUAUCUGACACAGAUCUCAUAUUUGAUGCUGUGCUCAAGAUAAUGUAUGCAGCAGUGGUCCCCUGGAGUGCAGCUGUGGAGCAGCUAGUGAAACAGCACUUAGAGAUGGACCAUCCCAAAGUCAAGUUAUUACAGGAGAGUUACAAGCUAAUGGAGAUGAAAAAACUUUUACGAGGCUAUGGAAUAAGGGAGGUGAAUCUCUUAAGCAAGGAAAUAAUGAGGGUGGUAAGAUACAUUCUCAAACAAGAUGUCCCAUCUUCUUUAGAAGAUGCUUUAAAGGUGGCCGAAGCAUAUAUGUUGCCUAAAGACGAAAUCUACAGUCUAAGGAUUAUUGACCUGAUUGAUAGAGAAAAGGGUGAAGACUGUAUCCUUCUGUUGAGGUCUUUGCCUCCUGCUGAAGCUCAGAAAACUGCAGGAAGAGUAAUCAUAUGGGCACGACUGGCAUUACAGGAAGAACCAGAUAAUUCUAAUGAGGACAAGGCCUGGAGACUGUCUGUAGCGAAGACAUCAGUAGACAUUCUUAAAUUACUGUGUGACAUUCAGAAAGACAAUCUGCAGAAGAAAGAUGAAUGGGAAGAAACCUUGAAACAAUUUAAAACUGUUGCUAGCUUACAGGAGAACUUUGAGGUCUUUCUUUCGUUUGAAGAUUACAGCAAUAGUUCCCUGGUAGCAGAGCUCCGGGAACAGCACAUUAAAGCUCAGCAAAUCACACAGGCUAAACACAAAUCCUGGAGGCCAGCAGAGCCUGCGGCUGCUGAGGAGGAGAGGCUGAGCGCCGAGUCCAAGCUGCACCGACAGGUGCUGGCCCUGCAGGUGUCCCGGCAAGAGCUGGAGGCCAAGAUGAUCUUGAGGGCCUUGAACGACGGGAACGUGGAAGUGGCACUGAGAAAAUGCAGAGACUUGUUUAAGUAUCACUGCAACACCAACACUGGGAAAUUGCUGUUCCUGAUGUGUCAGAAGCUUUGUCAGAUGUUGGCUAAUGGCGUUCCCAUGACAGUCCCUGCGGGACUAAAUCUUCCUUCUGAGAUACAUGAUCUAGCAUGCCAGGCUGCCACCAUCUGCAGUCCAGAUUUUUUGCUAGAUACCUUAGAACUCUGUAAAUAUACUUUAAUGGCAGUAGAGCUUUCCAGACAGUGCCAAAUGGAUGACUGCGGAAUUCUCAUGAAAACUUCUUUUGGAACUCAUAAAGAUCCAUAUGAGGAGUGGUCUUACUGUGACUUCUUCAGUGAAGAUGGGAUAGUUCUCGAGUCACAGAUGGUGCUCCCUGUCAUCUAUGAAUUGAUUUCAUCACUUGUGCCUCUGGCUGAAAGCAAGAGAUAUCCCUUCGAUUCUACAAGUUUACCAUACUGCUCCAUCAGUGAAGGAGACAGCCUUAUGUUACCUAUUAUCAAUUCCAUCUCUGCCUUGCUUCAGAACCUUCAGGAAUCUAGCCAAUGGGAGCUGGCCCUAAAAUUUGUAGUUGGUUCAUUUGGUACCUGUCUUCAGCACUCCGUGUCAAACUUCAUGAAUGCCAGUUUGAGUGACAAGUUGUGUGGAGAGGCCACAUUAGUUAAAUCCAAGCAUGUUGUUAUGGAAUUGAAAGAGAAAGCCGUUAUGUUUAUCAGGGGAAAUGCCGCAACACUUUUGUACAAAGUAUUUAAUUGUCGUCUGGUGGAUCUCAACUUGGCAUUGGGGUACUGCACUCUCUUACCACAGAAAGAAGUCUUUGAAAAUAUAUGGAAGCUCAUAGAUAAAGCAUGGCAGAAUUACGACAAAAUAUUGGCAAUAUCUCUGGUGGGCUCUCAGCUGGCCAGUCUCUAUCAGGAAAUAGAAAUGGAGCUUAAGUUCUGUGAACUCAGUACUGAUUCCCGGUGGGGUAUUCGUCUUAGGAAACUUGGUAUUUCUUUCCAGCCAGUUUUUAGGCAACAUUUUCUCACCAAGAAAGACCUCAUUAAAGCUCUUGUGGAGAAUAUAGAUAUGGAUACAAGCCUCAUUCUGGAAUAUUGCAGCACAUUUCAGUUGGACUCUGAUGCAGCUCUUCAGCUGUUCAUUGAAACACUCCUGCACAACACUAAUGCCAGCCAGAGCCAGGAAGACGCAAGCACGGAAUCCACAAAACAGCAGCGUUCCAAACUCCUGGCCAAAGCCAUCGGAAUGGUUCCUUUACUGACAAGCACAAAAGAUUUGGUCAUCAGUCUUAGUGGAAUACUGCAUAAGUUGGAUCCCUAUGACUAUGAGAUGAUUGAAGUCGUCCUGAAAGUCAUAGAAAGAGCUGAUGAAAAGAUAACCAACAUUAAUAUUAAUCAGGCAUUGAGUCUUCUGAAACAUUUGAAGUCAUACAGAAGAAUUUCUCCUCCAGUGGACCUAGAAUAUCAGUAUAUGUUGGAGCACGUAAUAACUUUGCCAUCAGCUGCCCAAACUAGACUGCCUUUUCACCUAAUAUUCUUUGGCACAGCACAGAGCUUCUGGAAAAUUCUCUCUACAGAACUCAGUGAAGAAUCCUUCCCAACAUUGCUCUUAAUUUCUAAGUUAAUGAAGUUCUCUUUGGACACUCUGUACGUGUCUACAGCCAAACACGUUUUUGAAAAAAAACUGAAGCCUAAGCUCCUGCAGUUAACACAAGCUAAAUCCUCAACACUGAUUAACAAGGAGAUAACUAAGAUCACUCAAACCAUCGAAUCCUACUUGUUAUCUAUCGUUAACCCGGAGUGGGCUGUAGCCAUUGCCAUCAGUCUAGCCCAGGAUGUCCCAGAAGGUUCCUUCAAGAUGUCCAGUUUGAAAUUCUGCCUGUAUUUAGCUGAGAGGUGGCUUCAGAAUAUCCCAUCUCAGGAUGAAACACGUGAAAAAGCUGAAGCUCUGUUGAAGAAGCUUCAUAUUCAGUACCGGCGAUCAGGCACGGAAGCUGUGCUCAUAGCCCACAAGCUGAACACUGCAGAGUAUUUAAGAGUGAUCGGAAAACCAGCACAUCUCAUUGUCAGUCUGUACGAACAUCCCAGCAUAAAUCAAAGAAUUCAGAAUUCAUCUGGCAAAGAUUAUCCUGAUAUUCACGCAGCUGCCAAAGAAAUAGCUGAAGUCAAUGAAAUUAAUUUGGAGAAAGUCUGGGACAUGUUGUUGGAAAAAUGGCUGUGCCCAUCUGCCAAACCUGGUGAAACACCAUCAGAAUUAUUUGAACUUCAGGAAGAUGAAGCACUACGAAGAGUCCUGUAUCUCCUUCUGUCUCGUCCGGUUGAUUAUAGUUCAAGAAUGCUGUUCAUUUUUGCAACAUCAGCUACAACUACGUUAGGUGUGCACCAGCUCACUUUCGCCCACAGGACGCGAGCCCUGCAGUGUCUCCUCUAUUUGGCUGACAAGGAAACUGUAGAAUCUCUCUUCAAAAAACCCAUUGAAGAAGUGAAAUCUUAUUUGAAAUGUAUAACUUUUCUGGCAUCAUUUGAGGCUCUGAAUAUCCCCAUCACAUAUGAAUUAUUUUGCAACAGUCCUAAAGAAGGAAUGAUUAAGGGUCUAUGGAAAAACCACAGCCACGAAUCCAUGGCCGUAAGGUUGGUGACUGAGCUUUGUUUAGAAUACAAAAUCUAUGACCUGCAGCUUUGGAAUGGACUCUUGCAAAAGCUUCUUGGCUUCAAAAUGAUUCCUUAUCUAAGGAAGGUUUUAACAGCCAUUUCUAGCAUCUAUUCUUUAUGGCAGGUUCCCUACUUCAGCAGAGCCUGGCAGCGUGUGGUUCAGAUACCACUACUUUCAGCCUCUUGUCCUUUAAGCCCCAGUCAGCUGUCAGAUUGUUGUGAGAGUCUCAUCGCUGUCCUAGAAUGUCCAGUUUCAGAUGAUCUUGACCUGAUCAGAGUGGCCAGGCAGUAUGUCCAGUUAGAGCUUCCGGCUUUUGCAUUAGCCUGUCUAAUGCUCAUGCCCCACUCGGAAAGAAGGCACCAGGAAAUAAAGAAUUUUCUGGGCUCGUGUGACCCUCAGAUCAUUUUACAGCAGUUAGAGGAACAUAUGAAUACUGGCCAGCUGGCAGGUUUUUCACAUCAAGUUAGAAGUCUGGUGCUGAAUAAUAUCAUAGAUAAGAAGGAGUUUGGGAUUUUGGCAAAGACAAAAUACUUCCCAGUGUUGAAAUCACACACGAUGAAUACCAACAACGUCACUGAACUAGUAAACUAUUUGGCAAAUGAGUUAAGCUUAGAAGAAGCUUCAAUCUUUAUAACUGAAUAUUACAAGCAUUGUGGGAAACCUGUGCCACCAGAAGCCACUCCCUGUGAAACUCUGAAGGUGUUUCUUAAUGGAUCAUAGUAGAUCAUCAAAACUUUUUUCAAGAAGAAUAAGAGGAUGUUUGGAAUCUGUUAUCAACUGACCCUAUUUAUUACAGUUUUUAAAUUGUGCAAUCUGUGUACAGUAGCUAUUGUCAGAUGUUCCUCAAGAAGUAAUAAAUAAGAUGCUUAAUAAUAGCAUAACUGUCUCAUAAAGAACUCAUGUCACAAAUUAAUAAAUGUUUUCUUUGCCAGUUACGUGUAUAACGUGUAAAGACAGUUUUUUUGCACUCUGUAUGAAGGAAAGUUUUUGCUCCCCCCAUAAGAAAAGCAACUACUUAUAUCCUGUUUCUUCCAUCUAUAUAAAUAAGAAUAUCCGUCUUUUUAACAGCAUUCUAGUAAAUAUGGAUAUAAUCUCUGCUGCAGAGCGUAUCCGUUAGUGGCCAGCCAGAAAUACAGAAACCACUCUAGCUAGUUGAAGCAGAGAAGGACUGAGUGUCAGGAAUUGGUUACAAAGCUGUCAAGAGGACUGAAAGGCAAAAGGGAGAUGAAGAGGGGGCGCUGGAGAAACUAAAGGGAAGGGGCUGUUCGCUUAACAUCAGAAGCUGCUUUGAGACUUCCCUGGUGGUUCAGUGGUAAAGAAUCCGCCUUCCAAUGCAGGGGACGCAGGUUCGAUCCCUGGUCAGGGGACUAAGAUCCCACAUGCCGCAGGGCAACUAAGGCUGCAUGCCGCAGGGCAACUAAGGCUGCAUGCCGCAACUACGGAGCUUGCGUGCCUCAACUAGAGAGCCUGAGUGCCACAACUACAGAGCCCACGUGCCCUGGAGCCUGUGUGCCACAACUAGAGAAGAGAAAACCCUCACGCCACAACUAGAGAGAAGUCUGCGUGCCACAACUACAGAGCCCAUGUGCCCUGGAGCCUGCACGACACAACUAGAGAAGAGAAAACCCGCACGCCACAAUUAGAAGCCCGUGAGCUGCAGCAAAGAGCUAGUGCACAGCAACAAAAAGAUCCUGCACGCCUCAACGAAGAUCCUGUGUGCCGCAACUAAGACCCGACACGGCCAAAAAUAAAAAUUAAAUUAAAUAAACAAUUAAUUAAUUAAAAAAAGAGAGAAGGAAGCUGCCUUGCCUCGGAGCUCGGGCGCUGCUGUUCCGGAGGCUGAGCCUCCUCCCCCCGGCACUGCUGCCCACGCGGCGCUUGGUCACCCUCGGCUAGUGCUGCCGCCUCCAGAAGGGAAAAGAGGCAGCGUUUUGCUUUCUCCAGCCUCCUGAUUCUCGUGCCAGUGCCAAGAGAUAGCAGGAAUGAACAGAAGCCAUCUGGCAAGGGGUCUGGGAGACGCAGUCUGCAGGCUGUAAGCCCCCGGCAGGACGGCAGGAUGGAAGCUGGCCUGCAAGGGCGGCGUGGAGUUGAGAGCCUGCAGCCGGGACCCAGCACACAGAAACGUCACUCACACCUCUAUCCUGCCUGUGUAGUCUUUUGCUCUACUUGUGAAUAAACUGAUUUUGAUAAUA